CCAAUUUCGUCAAGUCUUCGAUUGUCGAUCUGUUUUUUGGAGAAGAAACUGCUGUAAAGAAAUAUUGCGGGAAAUCAACAAAAUGUUUAAGGCGAAGAGUAUUUCUGCAGAACACAAGGAUUUGAUACAUGAUGUUGCAUUUGACUUUUAUGGUCAACGAAUGGCCACUUGUUCCAGUGAUCAGAGUGUACAGGUAUGGGAUCUAGGAGAAGAUGGGGAAUGGCACUGUACAGCUAGUUGGAAGACACACAGUGGGUCUGUUUGGAGAGUAACAUGGGCGCAUCCUGAGUUUGGACAGGUCUUAGCAUCAUGCUCCUUUGAUAGAACUGCAGUUGUAUGGGAGGAGAUGGUUGGAGAUUCAAAGCCAAAUGAGAGAGAACAUCACUGGGCUCAGCGAGCAAUGCUUGUAGACAGCAGAACGUCUGUCUCGGAUGUCAAAUUUGCACCUCAUCAUCUUGGCCUUCAAUUAGCAACAUGCUCAGCAGAUGGGAUUGUUAGGAUAUACGAAGCACCUGAAGUUACAAAUUUAGCCACAAUGAAUUUACAGACAGAAUUACAGACCAAACUUAGUUGUAGCUGUUUAUCAUGGAAUCCUUCAAGAGUGCAUCCACCCAUGAUAGCUGUAGGUAGUGACAGCUCUGAUCCCUCAGGAGGAGGUAAAGUUCAAAUCUAUGAAUACAAGGAAAAUGAAAGAAAAUGGCAGAAGAUUGACACACUGAAUGUGAUCACAGAAGCAGUCCAUGACCUAGCCUUCUCUCCAAACCUAGGUAGAUCAUAUCACAUGUUAGCUGUAGCAACCAAAGAUGUUCGCAUCAUGACUCUUAAACCAAUGAGGAGAGAUCAGUUUGUGGGUUCAACAAGGAUUGAGAUCAGACAAGCAGCUCAACUAGUAGACUUCAAACAGAGUCAGGUAUGGAGAGUAAGUUGGAAUGUGACAGGUACUAUCUUAGCUGCCUCAAGUGAUGAUGGAUAUGUCAGAUUAUUUAAAGCCAACUACCUUGACAACUGGAAGUGUAUCCAAGAGCUGAAGGGUAGCGACGGAGGCCCCUCACCCGCCCUGAUGACCGGGGUUCAUUCCAGGCAAGACUACCCCUCCCAUCGGGGGCGCAACACCAGCAGUGGUACAAACCAGCAGCAGAACGGUGCCAGUGCCACCCGGGAACCGAACGCACCACUGGGAGGUCGUAGCAGGUACCCUUUCAUGACCUUGUGAUUGUGACCUUUGCCACAUCCCACCCCUCAAGAGUACCUCAUAGCUUAUCAAAACUCAUCGUCAUGGAAACUAUGUAAAAUUGUUGGUUGCUUGCAAGAACUCUGUGGGAUUGAUACUUGGGUCUAGGACAUCAUGUUGGUCUAAUACCAGAUGGUCUAAGCCUC